GAUUUGUGAUUUUCUUGCUGGUAAUUUUAAAAGAUGCCAAUGAGCAAUAAAAGGUUUAAAGCAACUGUAGCUGUCACAUAUCAUGAUGAGGAUGACCAUGUUGAGAGAGAGGAGGUGGAUUUGUCAGAAUUGGUUACUGAGGAUCAUAGAGGAAGCUGUUCUUUUAACAUUCCUGAUAAUUGUGGUGCAUUGGAAGGCCAUGAACUGGGAAUGGAACAAGAUAACAGUGAUCUUGAAAGUGAUGUUCACAAUGAUUGUGAAGAAUCAUCUUCUUAUUACCAGAAAGUUGAAAGAAAACAAAAAGCAUGGGAAAAUUUACGACAUUCAAUUAUAAAGAAUACAUUUCAGUUUGCUGGCAAAAAUUGGAGCAAUCUGAAGUGUAUUCAUUGUGAUAAUGAAGCAAAAUUUAGGUGCAGAGAUUGUGGUCCAAUGGCAAAGUAUUGUGAGAAUUGUAUGUUAAAGAUGCACACAACCCUAAAUAUUUGUCAUCAUGUUGAAAUAUUUAAGGUAACCUUUAUGAGCUAG